AUGAAAGCGACGGCACGUCAAGGCGCUGCCGGCGCGGCCGGGGGUCUACCUCUACCGGCCGUGAAGACGAAGAAGAAGAGGAAGGACGGUGGCGGGUUCUUUUGGGGCUGCGGCGGCUCCAAGUCGGUGUGCGUCGCCGCCGGCAAUCUCUCCUCGGCUGCCAUGAAGCCGCUGACGAAGUCGUCGAAGCCAGCGUCCGAAGCAAAGACGACAACGGCCGUGGCGCCGGUCUCGUUUCAGGACGCCGAGGGCGCGCCGAGUGUGGACACGCUCCUGCGGCAGCUCCGCGAGCUGGAGCGUGGCGUCCGCGCGUUGGGCAUCCGGGACCGGGAGGACAGCGCCUACCGCAGCUCGCAGGCGUGCCGGUGCAGCGGGAGGCUCCCGCCACCGCCGCGGCGGCGGCACCGGACCGGCACGAGCGAGGUGUUUGGAGGAUCGGCCUAUGCAGCAGCUGGACCUGGACGUGGGCGGCUGGAGGAGGAGAGCGUGGCGGUGGAGACGGAGACGGAGGACCCGCUGGGCGAGUUCCGGCGGUCGAUGGCCGAGAUGGUGGCGGAGAACGGGAUCACGGGCGGCGCGGAGCUGCGGGAGCUGCUGCAGCGGUUCCUGUCGCUCAACUCGAAGCGCCACCACCACCUCAUUCUCCUCGCCUUCGCCGACGUCUGGGAGGAGCUCUUCGCCGGGUCCCGGACCGGCGACGGCCGCCCACACGCUUCGUCGAAGCAGAAGCAUCUGCCUUCCAGCAGUCGAUCGGGCGAGCUGCUAGCUAGCUAA